AUGGAGCGGGCCUUUGGGUCGGUGACUCGUUCCUCUUCGCGGGACUUGGGGAGAGUGGCUGGGCCAGAAAACAGGGCCUCGGUCCCUGCCACACACCGAAAAGACUUCCGUGUGCGCUGCACCUCGAAGCGAGCCGUGACGGAAAUGCUAGAACUGUGCAGCAGCUUCGUGCAAAAGCUCGGGGACGCGCUGCCUGAGGAGAUUCGGGAGCCCGCGCUGCGAGAUGCGCAGUGGACUUUUGAAUCAGCUGUGCAAGAGAACGUCAGCAUUAAUGGGCAAGCAUGGCACGAAGCUUCAGACAGUUGCUUUAUGGAUUCUGAUAUCAAAGUCCUUGAAGACCAGUUUGAUGAAAUCAUAGUUGAUUUAGCCACAAAACGUAAGCAGUAUCCCAGAAAGAUCCUUGAAUGUGUCAUCAAAAUCAUAAAGGCACAACAAGAGAUUCUGAAGCAGUACCACCCUGUUGUACGUCCGUUGGACCUAAAGUAUGACCCUGAUCCAGCCCCUCGGAUGGAAAACUUGAGAUGCAGAGGAGAAACAGUAGCUAAGGAGAUCAGUGAAGCCAUGAAGUCCUUACCUGCAUUAAUUGAACAAGGAGAUGGAUUUUCCCAAGUUUUAAAGAUGCAGCCUCUCAUCCAGCUCCAGAGAGUCCACCAGGAGGUCUUCUCCGGUUGCUGUAGGAAACCAGAUGUUAAACCCGAGAGCUUAAUAGCACAAAUAGAAACCACACCGGCAGAGACUUCUACUAGGACAACUACUGACUUGGUACUGAGAAGAAAGCAAACUAAAGACUGCCCCCAGAGAAAAUGGUAUCCAUUGCGGCCAAAGAGAAUUAACCUUGAUACAUAA